AUCCAAAAAUCAAAAAAUAAUUUUAUAUUAUUUAACGGUACCUACUUAUCGCCAACUUAUUAAUAUAUGUCCAUCUUUCAGAAGCACACACAGAUGGGUAAGUGAAAACCUCUUACAGCUCGAUGGUAGGCACGUACCUUUCCAAAUGAGAGAAAAACCAAAACGAGACCAUCUCAGACGUGAGGCAUCUAGUGGUACACGAACAUCGUCCGUUGAUAUUUGUGCUGGUGGUACUUUUGGUGGUCUUUCUGUAAAAAAAAACGAUCUUCCUAAACGUGUCGUUUGGUUUAAAUUUUCAGAAUGCGAAGAUUGGCAGUAGAAAAUUUGAAUGGUAACGGAAGAAUAAUGACAGAAACUAAGGAAUAUAGUGCAACUCAAAAAGUGCAAAGAAUUAUGUACUCCAUUUAUCGAACAUUGCAUAAGAUCGCAUUGAGAAUAGUUACAGGAAUUCUAGAUUUGAUUGUAAUUUUAUGGUUAAGUUUCUAUUAUAUGGCAGAAGCUUUUAUACUUAUGUUUAUUCCGUUAUCACUAAGGACCCUUAAAAGUUUAAGGGGACGAACAAUUCUAGUCACAGGAGGUGCGGGAGGUGUUGGACAAGAACUUGUUACCAGACUAGUCAAAUAUAAAGCAAAAGUGAUUGUUUGGGAUGUUAACGAAAAAGCAAUGGCAAAAUUAAAAGAGAAGGUAGAACAAGAUGGUUACAAAAUUCACACGUAUGCCGUCGACCUUUCGGAUAGAGAGAUGAUUUACAAAUACGCCGAUAUCGUCAAAGACGAAGUUGGAACUGUAGACAUUUUAAUUAAUAAUGCAGGAAUAGUUUGCGGACAACCGUUUUUGGACAUACCGGAUUACAUGAUCGAGAAAACUUACAAAGUGAAUACCCUCUCCUGUUAUUGGACUGCAAAAGCUUUUCUACCCACAAUGAUUAAACAUGGAAGCGGUCACAUAGUUACCAUUGGUAGUCUAACUGGUCUUUUAGGAGCCCACAGUUGUACAGAUUAUAGUGGAUCAAAAUAUGCUACAAUCGGAUUUCACGAAAGUCUUUGGACUGAACUUAAAACCAAAAAGUAUAGUGCUAUAAAUCUGACAAUGGUUGCCCCGUAUUUUAUAAAUACUGGGAUGUUUGAAGGGUGUAAGCCUACAUACAGUCCCAUGUUAGAACCAAAAGUAGUGGCUAAGAGAACCAUAUUGGCCAUUAGAAGAGAGGAAUUCUUUUGCAGUGUACCAGCCUCCUCUUUAUAUAUUCUAGGUUUAAAAAAUUACCUACCAACCAAAUUGAAUUGGUUACUUCAAUACAGAGUACUUCGUCUACCUCAAGCCAUGAAGACCAUGAGAAAAUUCCAAGAACCUCAAGCAGCCUAAGAAAAACUUUUUAUAAUGUAAAUUUAUUGUUAAUUUAGAAACUUAAUAAUUUAUAUCUAAUAAAUAAAAUACAAUAAUUUAGUAAAAAUAUUUAAUAAUAAAGAACACAUUGAAAUAAGUAAAAUGGCAAAUUUAAAUAAUUUUUUAAUGUAGGUAACAAAAUAUACAGUUGGACUAAAAGUUUCUUGAAUAGGUCCCUAUCUCUGUAAAUAUAUAAAUGCAUCACCCA